AUGGUGUUCCGUUCCCCUUUGGAGCUCUACCCGACUCCCCUGCUCGUACCGGGCUUCGCCGACGGCCCAGCGCUGCUGGCUGCCCGUGCGCGCUCCCCGGACGCGCGCGCCGCCGCGCUGCCCCCACCGCCGGCGCUGCCUGCGCUGAGCUUCACGGCCGAGCAGGUGGCGGGCGUGUGCGAGACCCUCGAGGAGACGGGCGACGUGGAGCGCUUGGGCCGCUUCCUCUGGUCGCUGCCCGUGGCGCCGCCGGGCGCGUGCGAGGCGCUGGACAAGCACGAGGCCAUCCAGCGCGCGCGCGCCGUCGUCGCUUACCACACGGGCAGCUUCCGCGAGCUCUACCGCAUCCUGGAGAGCCACCGCUUCACCAAGGAGUCGCACGGCAAGCUGCAGGCCAUGUGGCUCGAGGCGCACUACCAGGAGGCGGAGAAGCUGCGCGGGAGGCCGCUCGGACCAGUCGACAAGUACCGCGUGCGCAAGAAGUUCCCGCUGCCGCGCACCAUCUGGGACGGCGAGCAGAAGACGCACUGCUUCAAGGAGCGCACGCGCGGCCUGCUGCGAGAGUGGUACCUGCAGGACCCCUACCCCAACCCCAGCAAGAAGAGGGAGCUCGCGCAGGCCACGGGGCUCACGCCCACGCAGGUGGGCAACUGGUUCAAGAACAGGAGGCAGAGGGACCGCGCGGCUGCAGCUAAGAACAGGCUGCAGCACCACGGCUUAUCGCAGAGCGGUCUGCGGGGUCUGUCCGACCCGAACCCGGGUCCUGCAGAAGCCGCGAGCCCCAGCGCGAGCGUGUCCAGCAGCGCGGAGCGCGCGGACGGCGCCACCGUGCUCUCCGUUACGGACAGUGACUCGGACUUCGACGUAUGAUGCCAAGCGCGCGCGGGGAAAUAAUACUGGACCUGCAAACAUUCAAACAAACAAACAAACAGACAGACAGACAAACAAAAACAAAAAGGGCCACAUGGGUACAGCAGGGGUGUGCGCGCUCACUGCUGUUGCUCAGAUGGAGGAACUGCGCGCGCUGGCUUU